GUUUAUUGUGUUUGAGCCAACUUUCUGCUCCAGAGCUUUGGGUGGUGUUUUUUGCCUCAUGUUCAUACAUCUACAGGAGCAAAGAAGACACAUUUACGCUAGAUAUUAAUAUCUUGACUCAAAUAUUUGAUUCCACUUUACACCAUAAGAACCAUGUCUGUGUUGGAUAGUGUUGUUCUCCAGACUCCCAGCUUGGUGACUCUGCUAGGGACUGUGGUGUUUCUGCUGCUCUUCUACCUCCUCACCUCCAGCUCCCAAGAACAGGGGAAGGAUCCUCCAGGACCCAGACCACUACCUCUGCUGGGGAACUUGCUGAUGCUGGAUCUCAAGAGGCCACACAAAACACUUUGUGAGCUCUCCAAGGAAUAUGGAUCAGUGUUCACAGUCUAUUUUGGACCCAAGAAAGUUGUGGUCCUGGCAGGGUACAAGACAGUUGAGCAGGCUCUGGUCAACCAUGCUGUAGAAUUUGGAGACAGAGAAAUCACCCCUGCGUUUCACCUUAUCAACCAAGGACAUGGGAUCCUGUUUGCUAAUGGAGACUCCUGGAAAGAGUUGAGGCGCUUUGCUCUCACAACCCUCAGAGACUUUGGGAUGGGCAAGAAGAUGAGUGAGGAGAAGAUCAUAGACGAAUGUCGAUACCUCAUUGAAGAGUUUGAGAAACAUGAGGGCAAAGCAUUUGACACAACUUUUCCAGUGAAUUAUGCUUCCUCCAAUAUCAUCUCAGCCAUUGUGUACGGCAACAGAUUUGAUUACACUGACCCCCAAUUCAAAGCCAUGGUGGAGAGCGCCAAGAGGAGAAUUAACAUAACAGGCUCUGCAUCAGUCCGGGUGUACAACAUGUUUCCAAGGCUGGGCCCAUUGAUUAAGAACGUACGUGCGUUGCUAGCUCUAACAGAAGAGUUCACAAGAGGAUUGUCAGACUUGAUCACAGGUCUGAAGGAGACUCUGGACUCUCAGGUGUGUCGAGGCUUUGUGGACGCCUUCCUCACCAAGAAGCAGAAGUUGGAGGAAUCAGGCAUUGCAGAUUCUCACUACAGUGACAACAACCUCAUAUUUUCCGUGAGCAACCUGUUUGCUGCUGGUACUGACACCACAGGAACUACAUUAUGCUGGAGUCUUCUGAUCAUGGCCAAGUAUCCUAAUAUACAGGACAAGGUUCACGAGGAGAUCAGCAGGGUGAUAGGAAGUCGUCAGGUCUAUGUAGAGGACAGGAAGAACCUUCCCUACACUGAUGCUGUCAUCCAUGAGACCCAGAGACUGGCCGACAUUGUACCCAUGUCCAUCCCUCACAUCACCAGCAGAGAUGUCACCUUCCAGGGAUACUUCAUCAAGAAGGGGACGACUGUCGUCCCUCUGCUGACAACUGUUUUGCACGACGAGAGCAAAUGGGAGAGCCCUCACACCUUCAACCCCGCCCACUUCCUGGAUGCUCAAGGUCGAUUUGUCAAGAGGGAGGCGUUCAUGCCCUUUUCUGCAGGUCGCAGGGUGUGUCUGGGGGAGGGUCUGGCCAGGAUGGAGCUGUUCCUCUUCUUCACCUCUCUCCUCCAACACUUUCGUUUCUCUCCUCCACCCGGGGUAACAGAGGAUGAUCUGGACCUCACUCCAGCUGUGGGCUUCAUCCUUAACCCUUCACCCCACAAGCUGUGUGCCGUCAGCAGGGUGUGACACCACCCCACACAUUUACAUGAUGAGUUCAUGUAUAUAAGACAAGCACUUGUAUUGUAUUUAGGCAAACUUUAUUAAAAUACUUUGGUUUGGUUAACAGUCAAAUGGAAAUUAUGUCUUGGUAGCAGAAAAUAUUAACUAUUUUGGAGAUUGCUGUAUAAUAUGAUAUUAAAUCACUGUAACCAAGACAUAACCAAGCAAUAGAAAAUGGUUUCCCCUUUGCACAGUAUAAUAUGUAUUACUGAUAAUACUAAUAUAAUAUUAGCAUCAAUAUAAAAUGUAAAUAAACUGUUUUUAUUCCAAAUAAACCAUGUCAAUAGCAUGGAUGCAGUGUGAU